AUGGGUUUAACACCAGUAUUACUAGUCGUCUUUUUACUGGCCAAUGUGGUAUCAGCGAAUAUUUAUAGCUGUGGAGGAUUUGUACGUUCUUCGGGUUCAUCACAGGUCGAUUACUCUAGAAUAACGGUAAAAUUAUUAAAUGCCGAAGGAAAUUUAAAACAUGAAGAAGAAGUGAAUCCCUCCAAUGGAUAUUUUAUGAUUCCAGUUUACAAUAAAGGCCAGUAUUCUCUAAAAGUUUCGUCUCCAGAUGGAUAUUAUUUUGAGCCAAGCGUUUUCAAUUUUAAAUUGGAUGGCGUUAAUGAUGUUUGCUCGAAGAAUGAAGAUAUCAUUUUCAAUUUAAGUGGAUUUUCUAUACGAGGAGUUGUUGACGGCGCUGGUGCCGGUUUGCGGUUAGUACUUCGCCAAAAUGGAAAUGAGAUCGACAACGCCGUGACAAAUGAUGGUGGCAAAUACGAGCUGAAGGCGCCCUCAGGAACCUAUGAAGUUUCGACAGGAAAGGGAUCAACAGAAUGUAUUUCUCGUGGAAAAGCCACUGUCGUCGUUUCUGGAGCACCGGUUGAUGUCACCCCAAAUCUCAAAGUUUCCGGUUAUCAACUGAACAUCCACACAAAAACUUCGACUGGCAAAAAUUUCGGAUACGUGCGGAUUCACGUUUUCGCUGAGAAACCCAUUGACCUUCCAAAUGUUUUAUGCAAAAAGAUUGAUACGUUCGAAAGCGUCCCACGAUCUCAUCCAUAUGCUUGUGAUAUGGGAACCACUGAUUCGCAAGGAAAAUUAAGCAUUCCAUGCGUGCCUGCAGGCCAAUAUUAUGCGGAAGCAAGCUUCGAGAAGAAAAACGAAUUUUCGGUGAAAUUCACUCCGAACGCUCAUAAGGUUACCAUCUCGAAAUCUGCCGAAAAUCUUAAAUUUGUUGCCGAAUCGGUUUCAACUCAAGUUCAAGUUACCAACAAUGCCAGAAUUCUCUCUGGCGUUGAUGUAGUCGUUGAUGGAACAAUUGUCGCCAAGACUGAUAAAAAUGGGUUCGCAUUACUAACUGGUUUGAAGGAUGAAACGACAGUUACAAUCACGGCAUCUGCAAAAAACACACAAUUCUCGAAAGGAAGUGUUAAUGUUAACCUGCCAAAUAUUAAGGUCUCGAAUAUUCAAGUUGAGAAAUUUGAAAUUUGCGGAAGCGUUGAAAAAUCUGAGAAUGGAAUUAUUGAAAAACUCCAGUUCAUCAAGACAAAAGACAACAAAAAAGUUGAUGUUGUGCCGAAAACUGAUGGAUCAUUCUGCUAUGCAGUUACUCCUGGGAUAUAUACAAUUAAGCCAUCGGAUACAACUUCUUCAUUGACACCACAAUCUCUCGAUGUGAAUGUUUCGGAAAAACCAGUAACUGGGCUUCAAUUUACGCAUUUCAAAACUGAUGCCAAUAUUCGUGUGUCGUGUAUUGGAGCCUGUCCGCUGGCAAAGGUUUCUCUGUACCUUUCUGGAAACAAUUUGAUCCGUACAGUCGAAGGAACCGAUGUCUUUGAUAUCAAAAAUAUUGGACCUGGAAACUACCAAGUUAAACUUGAUGAUGGAGGUCGCGGAUGUUGGGAGCAUAAAGAAUUACCGUUGGUAAUUUCCCAAUCGAAGAACGUUCCUUCCGUUCAUUUUGUUCAAAGUGGAUUCAAUACGAAAUUAUCGAUUUCUCAUGAUGCGAAUAUCAAAUGGGCUAGUGUUGACAAUAAACAACUUCACGGCACGGCUAAAACUUCUGGUGGCGAGGUAUUCAUCUGUCUUCCAACUUCUGGGCGUUUCACGUUCACUUUGAGUUCGUGCUACAAGUUUGAAAACCAGCACUUUGAUAUCAAUGUGCCAUAUGAGGGUGUUCAUUCGGAACGCGCAAUUGCUGCUAGAUUGGGCGGCAUUGUCGAUUUAGAAGGAGACAAAACUUCAGCAACUUUGAUGAAGAUCAAGUCGAAUGCUGGCGACAAAGAAGUUUCGGUAUCAUCAGAAGGCAAAUUUGUGUUUGAUGAGCCAUUGACUUCAGUUGGAGAGAAAGUGAAAUUCAUUCCGUCAUCAAACAAACGGCUCUUUGAACCAACAUCAAAGACGAUCACAUUUAGCGGAAAAUGUGAUGAGAAUGUGGUCCAGUUUAAGUCAUUUCGUGGAAUUUUCAUUGAUGGAACUAUUCGUCCAGCUGUUCAAGGCGCUAAGAUCGAAGCUGUUCUUAAAUCCGACAAAAGCGUGGUUAUCAGCGCCAAUUCGGAUAAAAAUGGAAAUUACAAAAUUGGUCCAGUGAAGCGAGUUGAAGAUUAUGAGAUUUCUGCGAAGCUUGAUGGUUAUCGUUUCAACCCGAAAGGAAGUUCUGGGAAUUUCGAAAGUGUUAAACUCAGUCAACUAAACAUUAAAGUGGUUGAUGAGGCUACCGAUGAGCCGCUCGAGGAUGUUCUCUUGUCAUUGGUUGGUGGAAAGGGACUCGAUUAUCGUUCGAACACAAAUCUUGAUUCAACUGCCCAGAAGAAUUUUGUCGCAUUAGCACCAGGAGAAUAUUUCGUUCGCGCAAUUCUUCAAGAAUACAAGUUUUCUCCAACAACAAGCACUAUUGAAGUGAAAGAAGGUGUUCAUGAAAACGUUGUGCUCAAAGGAAAGAGAGUUGCUUACAGCGUGUUCGGAAAGAUGCGUGAAAUGUCUGGAACACCGGUACCAAAUAUUGUGAUUGAAGCACUUUCUUCGGAAUGCGAUCAGCAUCAAUCUGAAGCUGUCACAGAUAAUUCGGGUUAUUUCCGACUACGCGGACUCCAUCCGAACUGCAAUUACAAGGUUUAUGCGAAAUCAGAUGCCGAUGGCCUGACUGCUCCGCACAGUUUUCCGAGACAAUUCACAAUUGCUAUGACCGCUUCUGAUGUAAAGGGAUUGGAGUUCAUUGCAACUCCAAUUGAAAAGACCACUGAUAUGGCUUUGGAGAUUGAUUUGAGUGCUGUAAAGGAUAUCCAAUCAGUGAAGGUGAUUGUGAACAGAGGACAUGAUCACAUUCAAACUACUUCCGUUCAACUCCCACAGCACCUGUUCUACAUGUCGCAUUUGCCCAGAGACGGCGCCGAGUAUAGCAUUCGCGUUGAGCCGGAAAAACCGCAUCAUGCAUUUGUCGCCAAGACUGUAUUCUUCACAGCUGACGUGCCAAUUCGAGUAAUUAGAGUUCCACUAACAUCGCAGAAGAAAUCCGGAGAGGUCGAAAUUAGCGUCGGAUCUUUGUUCGCGCCUGUUUUCUUUAUUUGCAUUGCACUUCUAGUAUUUAAUCAGGAUCGAGUCUUCGAGGUAAUUCAUUCGUUCAUAAAUUCGUUAAGACAAAGCACAGAACAUCAGAAGAAACGGAAAUAA